AUGGAUUCCCAAAAGAUGAGUCAUCAAGCUGGACAGGCCCACGGCCAAGUUCAGGAGAAGUUGAGCCAUCAUGCUGGACAAGCACAAGAGAAGUUGAGCCAUCAUACUGGACAGGCAGAGGGCCAAGCUCAAGAGAAGACUAGCAACUUGAUGGACAUGGCUAGCAAUGCUGCUCACACUGUAAAAGAAACUGUUCAAGAGGCUGGUCAGCAUGUGAAGGCAUCGGCACAAGGAGCUGCUGAGGCUGUGAAGAAUGCAACUGGCUUAAACCAGAAGUGA